UCCCGCUCACCAACCAUCUAUGUGGCACACAACUGGAAGUGAAACGCGUGCGUGGAUGUGGAACACCUGCGGGACAACGGCAUUCCACCUGGUUCAGUACCUAUUCUAUAUGGCUACACAGAACUCGCAUCCCGGAGGUACUGAACUAUCGGCGCCGUCGUUUGGUGCGGCAGACAGUGUUUUCUAGCUUGCUGCCCGGUCCGUGUCGGUGUCACACUUACGGUCUUCUCCAAUAGCCAACAGCAGUAUCCGACAGAGAGAGGAAUGGCAAAUGGAAACUUUCUAAGGUUCGGUCAGAUAUGUGGAACAUUGUUCACCGAGCUGAAGUGCACGUGGUGUUCGCGUGGAGACCAUGCGAUAAGGAUAAGUGAGUGAAACUCUCAAGCCGUUGUCUCGUCGCCAGACAUGACGCUAUUCACGAGAACAGCGGGAAAGUAUUUAGUUACUCUCUGCUGUGCCGCCACUGUCUGCUGGCUCUGGAAGGAUCUCCCGGAAGAUCCCCCGGCGAUCCGCACCAUCUACCACGACACCAUGGCCGUUUUCGGUGAGGGUGAAGCACUCCUGUCUCCUAAAACGACAGACCAAGCCUCUAAAGAAAUCAACCCGCACCCUUACCAAUUCAUUAUCAACAAGCCAGACCUCUGCAAGGUACCUGAAGGUCAAGAACUUCUCGUGGUCAUUCUUGUCGCAUCGAAAGCCGAUAAUUUUCCGUUUCGAAAGAGGAUUCGUGACACUUGGGGUGACGUCGCCAUAAACCACGGCUUUAAAGUCGCUUUCUUGCUCGGACUUCCUAGACAAAACAGCACUCGAAACAAGAUCCUCGCAGAAGACGCCGAGCACAAGGACCUCAUUCAAGAAGACUUCGCUGACUCGUACCAGAAUCUGACACUCAAGACCGUCAUGUUGGUUCGAUGGGUGACUGAGUACUGUCCCAAAGUCAAAUUUGUCCUAAAAGCCGACGAGGACGUUAUGGUGAAUGUGUGGAGCCUUUGGGUCCAAGUGCAGACCUCGCUGAGGGGCUGCGAAGAAACGAUAUGGGGACGCUUGAUGAGAAAUAUGCCGCCAGUUCGUAACAGCAGGAAUAAGUGGUUUGUCCCCGAGAGCAUGUACGAAGCGAAAGUUUACCCUGAUUACGUGGCUGGUCCUGCAUACCUGUUUACGGGAGAUUGUGCACCGCUUUUGUACACCGCGAGUAUGACGACGCCUUUUCUUACCAUGGAAGACGUGUACAUGACGGGAGUGGUGGCCACUAAGGUCGGCAUAGUCAGAGUUCGACACCCGGGUAUAAAUGGGGGCCCGAAGGAGUUAGUGCCUUGCGGCGAACCUCCGGUUCUCUGCAGGGGUUUCUCCGGUUCGGUGGCGGCGCCCUCUCCCUUCAUCGAUUAUUGGGAGAGGGUUGCCACGAAGAAUAAAAGCUUCCGCUGCAAACUACCAUAGCGUCAACUCGUACUCCAACAAAAACAUGGUGCAAGAACUAGAAGAAAAGAUAUGGGAGCUAGCAGGCCUUUUAACAAAGAUCAGGAAGUUCGACUCGACAAACGAAACUUGUUAGAAGUUAAGUUACUUGCUACGUAACAUGUAGGCUUGGGUAGCUGAACAUUGUAUUAGCUCAGAUUUUGAUGUUACAAUGGGCGGUGCAAGACGUUUCAUA